AUGCCGACCGCCACAGCCCGACUAGGAGACCUGGUGUUGGCCGAGGCAGACCACUGGGAGACCGUUGAGGGAAAUGUAUACUUCCCCCGGUCUGCGAUCAAAGACCAGAGCGCCUUGGUCAGCUCUGAUACAACGACAUUCUGCCCGUGGAAGGGUGAGGCGGAAUACUAUUCGAUCAAGGCGGGUGAUACGACCAUUCCCGACGCCGCCUGGUAUUAUGCCAGUCCGUAUGAAAAAGCGAUGAAUAUCAAAGAUCAUAUUGCCUUCUACCGCUCGAAGGUCCAGGUCACGGUGGGAUGA